AUGCUUUCAGCCAGAAUUCGAAAUGCUACGUUUCAGGCAUACGAUAAGCUGAAUAAUGGAGGAAAGCCACAAACUCAUGAAUGGACUGUCCUAGCUUCCAUCGUGCUUGAGAAAAAGGGAAAUCUAGAAGUCGUCUGUAUGGCUACAGGGACAAAAUGUGUGGGGGCGAAGGCUCAAUCACCUGAAGGUUUUGUAGUCAAUGACUGUCACGCUGAAGUGCUAUGCCGCAGAUCCUUCAUUCAUUAUUUAAUAAAAGAGAUUCAGAAACAUCGGUCUGGAGAUGUGGACUGCGUAUUUGAACCUUGUGAAGGGGAUUUCCAUCUGCAAGUGAAGAGAGACUAUCACUUUUACAUGUAUAUUAGUCAAAGUCCAUGUGGAUAUGGCUCUGAGUAUCCUGAAACCAAUGGAAAGCGGACAGCUAUGGAGAUACACCUUGCAAAGCAGCGAAAUUCUAAAAGAGUCCACUUAGAACGGAAAAUUGAAGACGAUGACGAUUUUCAUCAUUCAGGAGCCAAGCCAAUACCUGACUCUAUUUUUGAUUCUGUCUGUUUAUCAACCAAACCAGGAAGAGGUGACCCAUCUCGUAGUUACAGUUGCAGUGACAAGCUCUGCCUCUGGAAUCAUCUUGGGUUACAAGGAGGCUUGCUUUCUUCACUCAUUUCACCAAUCUAUUUAACGGGAAUUGUUAUUAGCGGUUGUUGGGAUGAGGCUCGUAUGAAGAACGCUUUGGCUGAUCGAAUAGAAGUUCAUCUACCGCCUCCUUAUCACAAGAACAAUAUUCAACUAUUCAAAGACAGCGAAAGCGUUCCUUUUAGUGAGAGCGAAGUAAUGAAACGAUUAGAUGGGAAUCAGAAGUUGUCGGCUUGUGGAUCUGCCAUUGUGUGGAAUGUCCAUGGGUUGAGAGAAACUCUAAUAGCUGGACAGGGAGUCAAAUUGGGAGCAAAUCGGAAAAGGGGGAUUACCAUCAAAAACGCAAGCGCUGUAUCUCCAAAGCAACUCCUUUCUUUUUUCAAAGAGGUGGUCCAGGGCGAGGAUUGUUCUAAAACCUACAAGGAAAUAAAAAGGGAAAGACGGAGCUAUGAACAAGCCAAAGAGAGUUUGAUGAAGGAAGGAGAGAGAACCAUGAAGAGUUGGAAGCGAAAAGAUCGUUUGUACUAUGAUUUUCUUUCGAUUGUUAGUGCAACAAACAACAUUGAGAAAUAUUAUUCGUCAUUCUCAAUCUCUGCGAGAAUCGUCGAGGCGACCAGUUUGCAGGGACCAAAAUCUAGAAUGAGCAGGCAAUUCUUAGAUAUCUACAAGGGACUUGCGUAUCAACUAUCAUUAUUUCUAAGCAGGUUCGAAACUCAUCAAACAAUUCUGCGAUCGUUAUCGACAAUCCAAGACAAACUUUCUUGCUUGAUGAUCGCUAGAAUCGACGUUUUUUUGAUCAGCUGGUCAAUCAGCGCAGUCUCCAUUUGUAGCAUCGAUUGA